GACCCUCACUGAGACUACGCCGCAGCGCUGCAGAAGCACACAGCCACAAAUCUCUCUUUGAUGGACAAACGAGUCAAAGUCUGAUCGUUGGACGCAGGACGAACUUCUAGAGGUCAGACGAUGAUGAUCAAGCGCUAUGCGAGACAAGGAGACGGCGAGGAGGACGUUAGCCCCGCGCAAUGGAUGGAGGGUGACGUGAGCUCACCCGACGGCGACGGCCCUUUGACCUCAAACCGCUGCAGAGCGCAUCAGGCCAAGGAGGAGGGCAGCGAGGAGGUUGAGGAAGACGAGGAGGAAGACGCGGCAGGCCAGGAUGAUGAGAACGAAUCCAAGCAGUGCGGCCCCAAGAGGAAGCGGCUGACCAAGGGCAGGCAGGAGCGCUUCCGCGCCCGCCGCGUCAAGGCCAACGCCAGGGAGCGCUCGCGCAUGCACGGCCUGAACGACGCGCUGGAGAACCUGCGUAGCAUCAUGCCCUGUCACUCCAACACCCAAAAACUGUCCAAAAUCGAGACCCUGCGUCUGGCCCGUAACUACAUCUGCGCUCUCUCCUCUGCCCUGGAGAGGGGUCUUUCGUUGGAGAGCAGAGCUUUCAUGGAGACCCUCUGCAAGGGGCUCUCGCAACCCACCACCAACCUGGUCGCCGGGUGUCUCCAGCUGGGCCCGGCGCCGGGCGUGGCCGGAAGGCCCGACGACAGAGUCCGCCCUCCCCCCGUGCCUCUGGGCGGCAUGGCGAGCUACGCCUCCCCGGGCCUGCCGAGUCCGCCCUACGGCAGCUUUGACUCCGCCCACCUGCUCCAGCUGAGGGCCGUGAAAGGAGGGGCGUACGAGAGUCACUCGCCAAGUGAAUAUAACACCGGCGGGGUGGGGACGCCCCCCUACGAGGGGCCCCCCACUCCGCCCCUCAGCAUCAGCAGCAACCUGGUCAGCAAACAGGAGCCGUCGCCUCACUACUUAGCCCCGCCCCACUACUCCCCGUCGCCCGUGGACCAGGGCCUGUACCCGCCUCAGACCGCCUAUGGCGUGCAGACGUCAUAUGACUCCUACCAUGCACCUCACAUGACCCCCCGACAGAUAACCUCCGUCUACAGAGACUAGCAGAACCACCCUGCAAAGUGUAGACUCCAACUAUUCCAUCAUCUGUGUGUGUGUGUGUGUGUGUGUGUUGCACAAUAGACUAGCUGCAGUUAGAAAUGACAUGACAUGAUGUAAAUUGCAUAUUUCUUUCCAAACUGAUUACCAAAUGGAUCCAAGUGGGAAUUCUCAUGAAGGAUCAUCUGCAAUGUCCAAGCACUUCUAUUUGAGCUCUUUUUUUUUUGGUAGCAACAAAUAUUCUACAUGAAUUAAAUGUAUUUUAAUUUAUUGCCUAAUUUAAUAUACACGAUAUUUGAUCUGCAGUGUGUGUUUAUAUGAUUGUUUUUGUAUUUGUGGUGUCAUUCCUCGCCAUUUUUUGUGUGUAGUUUUUCUUGUGUGUCUCCUAAUUUUGAAGGUCUGGAAAUAUUCCUUUUUGUAGCACUGUGUUGUAGAUCUUGGGUGGAGACAAAGACAAAAUGAAAGAAAACAAAUGAUUGGUUCACAAGAAAAAUGGGACUCUCAGGUUAGCAAUGCUUAUAUUUAAUUCCAUAAGUUGUUGCUUUUGAACUUGUAUUUGUUUCUUUUAGAUAUUGACAUUAAAAGACAAAUAAUCAAGUGUG